AUAAGAAAUCUUGGCGAUGAGGCCAAAGACUAUUUGACUGUUUUGUCUGUUGUGUCUUUUUCUCAGUUUCGCUGUAAUGGUUUUGACCAACUUCUCUGUGUAUUUUGCUCUCUCUGUGUUUUUUUUUUUUUGGUUUCUCCAAUUGGGGUUUCGAUCAAUGAUCAGGUCGGUGUGGUGCUAAGAGGAUACAGUGGGUAUAAUACGAGAUGGGCACUGAAGGUUUUGGAAAGUGUCUUCCCUGCGAAACAAGGCGGUGAUGGUGGGAAUGGAAUUCACAGCGAAAGCGAACCAAUUGCGGCAGUGACGGUUUUCUUUGGGGCUAAUGACGCUAGUCUUCCCGAUCGAUGCUCUGCGUUUCAGCGCGUGCCUCUCCAUGAAUAUAAGCACAACCUUCACUCUAUUGUCUCCUUCUUCAAGAAGCGAUGGCCUAAUGCUCAUGUGCUCCUCAUAACACCUCCUCCAAUUGAUGAAGAUGCGCUCUUAAGAUAUCCUUAUGUGGAGAAUAAGCAGGGCCUUCCAGAGAGGACAAAUGAAGCUGCUGGUGAAUAUGCCAGAGCAUGCACUGAUAUUGCUGGAGAAUGUGGAGUACUUGUCAUUGACCUCUGGACCAAAAUGCAACACUACCCUGAGUGGAAAAAAAGAAUGUUUAAGGUUCAGAGAUCAGCUCAAGGAUUUGCUCGUCCUUUGAGAAGACUUGGACAGUACAAAUUUAAAGUUUUUCCUUUGCAAUUUUUUAAGUUAAAACUUCAUCUUUAUUUAACUUUUGUUAAAAUUGUUAAUGACAGUUCCAUAAUGCCUUUGACCUUCAUAGUUAAAUCUUAA